CUGUGAAUCUGGCAGGGGUGGAGUGCUUAAGCUGGGCUUAUUGCUUCACUUGUGGGGAAGGGGCAAGAUUUGCGCAGCGAUCUGCCAAGUGUUCUUCCCAAGGGUGCCAGAUUCCAUCCAGUCCACACAAUUAAUUCCCCUACUUUUUCUUUUCCAUUGCUUGGAGCAGUCACUAAUAUCGUCAAGCCCUUUCCUUUGUUUCUCAUGGAAGGCGAAGUGUUCCCUUAAGUUGGGGAAGAAAUGUCUGUGCAUCUCAGCCCCAGCACUUUUUUCUUAAGAGUUCCCAAAUCUUGGACCAAAAAGCUUCAAUCUGCUCUCCUGUUUAUUGAGAGUAGCAGAGCAGGGCAAAGACCUGGCAGUUCCUAACUUCCUUAACUGUGGCUCUUUUGCCCUAAUUGUUUUCUAAUGAUGCUUUCAUAAUAUCACUUUGCUAUUAACAAUUUGUUUCCAUGGAACCCAGCACUGAAUUUGGCUGUGCACCAGGCUCACUGGACUGAGAGGCAGGUGUAGGUUUGCCAACUUUUCAACCGGUCACUGUAGCUCUGCCUUUGAAUAGCUGCUUCAUGCGCAAACCAAAUCAGUUUUUCUCAGUACUGUGGAAAACUGGAACCUGCUGAUUUCUGAUGGAUAUCAAGCUGCUGUUAAAGACACAAGAGCAAGACAGGCCUUUUUUCUGAACAGUUGGCAUCCCUAGCAACUGAGGAGGGAGAAUCAGGAAGAGUAAGAAAACUUUCAGCCACACCAGAAACAUUCCUUUCAAUGAUAGAAGAAGGAAAUAUGAUGGCCCUUAGGGAAGAUUGUGUUAGAAUGCAAAGUUGUUGGGACUAAAGGCCUUUACAUUCGACUGUCUCCUAGCCUGUACAGUACGUAAAGAAAUUGUGACCUAGUCUCCUUUUUGUCACAGUUAAUAGCUAUGACUGGAAAAAUGGCAUCUAGCCUUACUUGCACAGGAGUGAUCUGGGCAUUUUUUUCCUUCCUCUGUGCUGGUGUCUCCUGCGUGGGGUUCUUCAUGCCUUACUGGCUGCUUGGGUCCCAGCUGGAGAAAUCCGUUUCCUUUGGCACUUUUCGGAGAUGCUCCUAUCCGGUACGAGAUGAGAGUCGCCAGGUCACGGUGAUGGUGGAGCAAUGUGGACGCUAUGCAUCAUUCCAGGCCAUUCCGAGUGUGGAGUGGAGGAUCUGCACUGUGGUGACGGGUCUGGGCUGUGGUCUUCUCCUUCUGGUGGCCCUGACUGCACUCAUGGGAUGUUGUGUGUCUGACCUCAUCUCCAGGACGGUGGGCAGAGUGGCUGGAGGCAUCCAGUUCUUGGGUGGUUUGUUAAUUGGUUCUGGUUGUGCUCUUUAUCCUCUGGGCUGGGACAGUGAAGAAGUCAGGCAAACCUGUGGUAACCUUUCCAACCAGUUUGAACUGGGUACCUGUGAAAUUGGCUGGGCUUAUUACUGUACUGGUGGAGGAGCUGCUGCAGCAAUGUUGAUCUGCACUUGGCUGGCCUGUUUCUCUGGCAAGAAACAGAAACAGUAUCCUUACUGAGACCAGAAAGACCCUGGAUAAAGUGAAAGUUGGGGGGGGAGAAAUGAGUAUGUAAACCUUUCUCAGAAAGGAGCAUUAGCUCUUCAUUGUAGUCAGGUCAAUACAAAAAAAAGUCAGUGAAGUUGGAAUUGAUGUGUGACGCUGUGAAUGGUGUGUGGGGUCUCUGCAUCUUAGGGUUAUAAAUCAAGAGAUCUGACCACAUUAUUCCUAACCUACAGUGGUAUAGUAGAACUAUAGGAUGUACCUCCUGACUGGGAGUGCAAAUGGUGGACUUUUAGCAGAUCAUCAAUUGGAAGAGUUUUUUUAAAAAAAUACUAUGCUGGAAGAUAAGGAUAUAGAUUUACAAAGAAUUCUUUCAUAUGUCAACAAUUUGGAUGUAAAGAGGGCAUUUCUUAACAGCUUUGGUACUCACGUGGAUGUGAGUAAUUAAUGGUUUUCCUGAAAUGAUCAGCCACACCAGCUUGUAGCUGGAGUGGCUGCUGCGUGUGUGGGUGGGUGUGAAGGGCACCUAUUUCCAGGCCUUAAAGUAUUAGCUUUUAGAGGCUCCCCCAACCUGAUGUGUUGGCCUAGUUUGGAGUUUAGUUUAGCGAUUUGAAAGAGGCAAACGUUCUCUUAUCAGGAGACUCCUGAAAGCACAUCUGCCUACCUUUGCACAGACACUUUUUCUUCUUGCACACACAGUAUAUGGUAGCUUUGCAGAUGAAUAAGUAAUAAUAAUGAGGCACUAGCUUCCAAACAAUUUGACCAGUCUUCCUGUCUGUGUGCCAUGCUGCAGUCUGAGCAGUAGCAAAACCUGCACACUGUGGAAGGCACCGUUACUCAGGCAAAUGGCCAAGGUUGAAGCAGUCUUUUCACCUCCAUCUUAUAAAGCACAGAAAAUCCAUAUUCGUUUUCUCUCUCUUCACAUAUACCCACACCAGUUCUCAUUUAUACAUACACCACAUAAAGACAAUAGCCUCCUUCAGAUCUUAUUAAAUGUAGGCUGUACCAGAGUACAGAUGGACCUUGUUAAUUGCUUUACCACUAUUUGUGGUUCUGCUUAUCUGCAGUUGGGGAUUAGGCACCCAACCUCAAUAUCCACAGAUACAAAAGGGUUAAAAUCCAUGUAUCCGUGGUUUUAGCAUUUUGAGAAAAGAAGCCAUUUUGUGGCUCAUUUGUUUUUUGUUUUUUUUAAAAGAAGGUUCCCCCAUGAUUUUUCAUAGGGAAAUGGUGGAUUUUGGAGGGGACAACUGGAGACCUGUGGAGCACAGCAGGACACUUCAUUUUGAUUUUUUUUUUCUUUUGCCAUUUUUCACUCUUUUCUCCAGCCUCCAGGAACAUAGCCCCCACAUUCCCAUUGCCAAAAUGCCUCAUUAUCUGUGGUUCCAUUAUCCAUGGUUGUUAGGGAGAAUGGAACUCCCAUGGAUAACAAGGUCUACCUGUAUAGCCUCUGAAAAAGAGGCAGAAGUUCCACCUAGCACAUCAAUCACACCCCCCUGCCAGCUGCCAGUGUCCCAUGCUUUCAGCCUUUGUCUGAAGCAGCAGUGGCUGUAAGCCUAUUGGAGGCAGAUUCUGUGAGCAGGAGGCUCCAGCACCUGAGCAUCCCACUCACGGAAUCACCCUCCAAUGUGCUUACAGCAUCUUCACUGCUUCAGCCAAAAGCUGUAAGUGUGAGUCCUUCCCUCCACCCCACCCCUGGGCAGGGGAGAGUGAUCAGCAUGCCUGCCAGGACUUCUGCCUGUUUUUCAGAGGCUGUACUUGGGUAGAGCCUCCAUUUGAUAACUUCUGAAGGAGGCUAUUGUCAAAUCUUCCUUUGAGGGUGGGUGGGAUUGGAAGCAGAGAAACAACACAGGCAGGAAAGAUUACAGACUUCUCCCCCACCUCUCUACUCCCAGUCAGCUGCCUCCUGAGGCAUCAUUUCAUGCUAAUCAGAGGAUUGCCAUUACACAUAUUUGGGUGUAGCAUGUUGUUUGGCCCAUACUUCCCCCCACCAACAAUUCCCCCUUCAAAACACACACACGCUCUCUCCACAUUUAUUCACACACAUAAAUGCAACAUCUUUUGACUUGCUUCCUCUGUUGCCACUCCUGGGCCUCAUGUGAAGGGGAAAUAUCUAUAUUGUGCAUCCGUUUCAUGGACAGAAUGCAUGCCUUGUCAUCACAUGAGACACAGAAACAGCAAUGGAGGACAUGUGACAUGAGUCACUCCUGUUUACUCUGUCAGUUUUGUUGAAGACCACUACAGUUCCUGCUUCAUCUGUCACUGCUUUGAACUAUCAUCCACACACAAGCACCCACACAGGGCAAUUACAGUGAAAACUGUGCACUUCUUAAUUUUUCUCCUUUGCUAGAUGAUAUGAAUUGCAGUAUUAUACCACAUUUUAAACUAAAAACCUAAUAGCCUAAUGGGCCAUUUUUUCAGUAUUUUGUAUAACCUGUGUACAUGUGUUCUCAACUUUUAUUAGUGGCAUUUUCAGACCUAUAUAAAUUUUUAUUAACUUCGGUGUUUAUUUAAAAAAAUGCAAUAUUUUACUCAGCAUAUGUAGCCUUUUUGAUAGAAUAUUCUAAUGAAGGGCAAAGGACAGUUCUGUCCAUUGAAAAUUAAAUGUGUGGCACAGUAGUAUAACUACUUAUGCAAGAGCAAUGACAGACAUCUUCCAGGUUUUGUUACUAAUAAUGUUAGGCGAUUGUUGUAUUGUGCUGUAUUGUAUGUUUUAAUAGUCAUCUUUGUAAUGUAAUAUAAAAUGUACUAUUUUGUUUGUAUUUUAGAAACUGUGUACAUAAAUGUCUUAUCUAUGAUAACUUCAAACAUAUUGUAAAUCAAGUUCCCUUUUCUUUAAUACCAGUGGCUUUAGCCUUUCUUGAACAUGUAUAAAUAUCAGCUGUUAUCUGUUUA